AUGAAGACGACAUUCAGCGUUGGACACCAAGAUUGAACAAAGACACUUCGUUACCUGAUCCGAAAGAGCUGGUUUCCAUCUAUGAUCUCACCAAAUCACAACUUGUAUUUAGUAUAGCUAAAAAAUUAGGAGAGAAUGGAUCGUUUGUUAACUAUACGGCAACAAACGUCUUUUCUAAUAUAAUGACUGAAGAAAAGAAUACUAAAAAGAAGCAAGAAGAAAAUCUUGGUUAUAAAAUACGAACAUACGCUCCAAAAAUCGGUAGUUAUGCUGGUGGAGACGAUAUACUUUUAGUUUUGAGAACUAAAAUUAACACGAGUGCUCUUUAUUCAACUGUGUGUACAAAAUGCGCUGCAAACGAAGCUAUAGCCUCGAAUGGAUUACCAUCAAAUAAAAAACGCAGCUACUUAGGAGGAUAUGUUCAGUCUGACGCACUGGAUCAACUCGUUCCUCAAACUUCACCGGCACUUAUUAAACAACAGAAAGAGCAAUCAACAUCUGUUCAAUCAGUUCCUAAACAAUCUGACCAAGAGAAAGAUGUUGAUGACUUUUUGGCAAAAAUACAGACAGCGAUAGUUGAACUAUUAAUAAAGAAUGACUCAGAACUAUUGAUUCGUAGAACGCGUGUACUGAUCAAUUUAUACGAAGAGAAUCUAUUACACAAAACAAUUGAAAAUGGUCAUACAUUAUUUGCUCAACAAAUGGCUAAUGCUGUGAGUAAACUGUCUGAUAAUAUUAUCGAAAAGACAAACGCUCAGGGAGAAACAGCAAUAUUGAUAGCUGCAAAAUUCAAUAAUCGAGAUGUACUAGAAACAUUAUUAACAUUAAAAAUAGAUUAUAUAUAUGCUAUUGAUAAUGAGAGGAAUAAUAUAUUCCAUGUGUUAAGUAAACAAAUGGGUACCAAUGAGACAAUUGAAUGUUUGCUUAACUAUUUAAAUACAAAAUCAAUUAAUAUUCAAGAAAAAUUUGAUAAUAAAAACAAUGAUGAAUUGACACCAAUACAAUUAUUGAUCAAAAACAAUAAUUUUGAUGGUGUUAAAAUGCUGAUUAAAUUAGGAAAAUUUACAUUUGAUGUAAAUGAAGGUGCAACUGGUGAUAGUCUCAUUCAUUUAGCUGUGAGAAACAAUAGUUUAAUCACAGUUCAAUAUUUGAUCGAUGAACUGAAAUUGGACGGAUGUAUGUCAAAUCAUCAAAUGAAACCAUAUGACCUUGCCAGAUCAUUAAAUCAUCAAGAUAUUUGUGAUUAUUUGAAUGCGAAAUAUCCACCACAUAUUGAAACGGACAGUGGUGGUGACAGUGACAGUGAUGAUACAAGCGAAGACUCAGAAAAUUCAUGA